AUGGCCUUGAAAUUUUCACUGUUGCUGCAUGAAGAAGAGACAUGCCAUGGUGGGUUGUCGGAUCAGAGCGAUUUGCCCCUCUUUGAAUCUUUCGUUGCCGCAAACGCGGCGUGGGGGCUAUGUGACUAUCAAUGGGUGCCUGGGACGGAGCUGCCGCCGUUUACUGGAGCACAAGAGGGAAAAAGGCACAAGAGGGAAGAAGAUGGUUGGGAUUUCAGUCAUCUUGGGCACGUAGGGACGCCGAUUGAUGUCGAUCUAUUAUAA